UGAACGCAGCCUUUAAAGUGACGGAGGCUGUAAUUUGAGCAGCUCCGAGGUAUUAUUAGCCAAAAAGCCGAGCGCGCCACCGGACACAUCCAGAUGUUGCGUUCAGGCACCAGGAGGAGUGUGGAGCUGCGCAGACAAACUUCCAGAGCCGGGAUGGAAGCAGCCAGAGCGGAUUAAAGGACGACGACGGGAGGGAAGCCGCUCAUCUGGAGCUUAAAGGGCCUGAAAUGUUCGUUUUUGCGCACAGCAUCGGAGUGAACUAGCGGUUUAACUCAGCUCCUUCCUUGUUUUGGGACCGACAUGGCUUUUGUUCACUUGCUCCUGUGCGCCUGGAUGUGCGCGUCCAUGUGCGGCGCGUUCUUCAGCGGACCUCUGCAGCCGGAGAUGUCCAACGGGACCUUCCAUCACUACUUCGUGCCGGACGGAGACUACGAGGACAACGACGACCCGGAGAAGUGCCAGAUGCUCUUCAAGAUGACCGACGAGCGCAAGUGCGGUCUGGACGAGGACCAGGACGCGGUGAUCCGGGACGACUUCACCAUCAUCAAGCGACAGAUCGAGGACUCGGCGCGGGUCCUGGAGGGCAUCGGGAAGAGCAUCUCCUACGACCUGGACGGGGAGGACAGCUACGGCCGCUACCUGCGCAGGGAGACGGCGCAGAUCGGCGAGGCGUUCACGAGCUCGGAGAAGUCGCUGCUGGAGCUGGAGGUGAAGUUCAAGCAGAGCCAGGAGAGCGAGCUGAAGGAGGAGCACCGGCUCAGCGACGACUUCCUCACCAUGAUCGUGCACACGCGGGACGCGCUCAAGGAGACCGUGGACAUUUCCUUGGGCCUCAAGGACAAACACGAGCUGCUGUCGCUCAUCAUCCGCAGCCACGGAACCAGACUGAGCCGCCUGAAGAACGAGUACAUGAAGUUCUGAGGAGCGGGAACUUUAUGCACGGAGCGACUGGGACAGCUUUAGGGGUCAAACUCAGCUAAGUUCAUCCGAGUUAAAAAGCUGUGUUGAUGGAACAAGUGGUGCAACUUCAAGUUUGAUGUUUUUCACCCAGAAUCUAAAGCACAACCCAGAGUUCUUUCAUUUUAUUUUACCUUCUUCAAAGAAAACAGCAGAAAAUAUUGAGCAACACAGAUGUCGAAUGCAAAAUGAACCAUUAAAAUACAGUUUUAAAAGGACAAAAUGUCAUUUUCAAGUUGUUCAAAUCCACAACAGUAAACUGAAAGCCAAAGAUAAGUGAGAUUUGUUGGAACCAGCACUAAAAUACACUUUUACCAUUUAUUUACAUUAAACAAACUUGAAAAUGUGAGUUGAUCUGACUAAUUUUGCAAAAAUAAUUCAGAAAUGCUUGUUUUUUCCCAAUGUAUCUUAGAAAUUAUGAAUUGAACAAGUAAUCUUUUCUAGUUUACUUAAUACAAAUAUAUGAGUUUUGAAAAAAAAUGAGUGAACUAGAAAAUGUGAGUUGAUCCAACUAAUUUUGCAAAAAUAAUUUAGAAAUACAUGCAUUUGCAAAAUGUAUUAAAAAUAAUUGAACCAACUCAUUUUUUCUAGCUUACUCAAUGGACACAGAAUUCACACAGGAUUGUUGGAGCAACUUAAAUAAACACCUUUAAUUGGUAAAACUCAAUUAUAUUGAGUUAACAAGUUGUGUUGAUGGUGCUUAUUUAAGUUGGAUCUACUCAAAUCAUUCAACUUAAAGUUUGCUUGAGUAUUUUCUUUACCCAAAACAUGUUUCUUCUACUUUCUUCAAAGAAAACAGCAUGACAAUUUUAGGAAAUGUGGACGUUGGAUUCAAUUAAAUUGAGUUCAUCUGAGUUAAAAAGCUGUGUUGAUGGAACAAGUGAUGCAACCUGAAGUUUGCUGUUUUUCACCCAGAAUCUAAAGCACAAUCCAGAGUUCUUUCAUUUUAUUUUACCUUCUUUAAGGAAAACAGUAGAAAAACUGAAGAAACCUGGACAUUGGAUGCAAAAUGAAACAUUAAAGUACAGUUUUAAAAGGACAAAAUGUCAUUUUCAAGUUGUUCAAAUCCACAACAGUGAGCUGAAAGCCAAAGAUAAGUGAUAUUUGUUGGAAAUGGCACUAUAAUACACUUUUUACCAGCAUAUUUACAUUAAGUAAACUAGAUAAUAUGAGUUGAUUUGACUAUUUCUAUAUUAUAUAAGUAUGUUAGAAAAAAAUGACUCCAAUCAACUAAUUUCUUUCUAGUUUACUGAAUGGACACAGGAUUCAUACAGGAUUGUUGGAGCAACUUAAACAAUUUUAGUUGGUAAACUCAAUUAAAUUGAGUUGUUCCAAGUUAACAAGUUGUGUUGGAUCAACUUGAAUCUUUCAACUUGAACUUUAAGUAUUUGUUUACUCAAAUUCUUCAUAAACUUCUGAAACUAAAAUUCUAUGCAGGAUUGUUGGACCAACUUAAUCGCUUUAGUUGGUAAAACUCAAUUAAAUUCGUCCAAGUUAACAAGUUGUGUUGAUGCCACAAGUGAUGCAACUAGAAGUUCGAUGUUUUUUUCUGUCUUCAGUAUUUGCUUCAUUUAAAAUCUUCAUGAACUUCUGACACUAAAACUUAUGUAGGAUUGUUGGAGCAACUUAAAUAAACAACUUCACUUGGUUAAACUCCAUUAAAUUGAGUUGAUCCAGGUUAACAAGUCAUGUUGAUGCCACAAAUGAUGCAACUUGAAGUUUGAUGUUUUUUAUCCAGAAUCUAAAGCAUAAUUUUGCUUUUUAACCUACAAUUCUUUUAUUUUAUAUACCUUUUUUAAAGAAAAAAAAAACAGAAAAAUGGAGAAACAUGGACAUCAAAUGCAAAAUGCAAACUCUGAAAGGGACAAAUGUAGCUUUUAAGUUGUAUGAAUCCACAAAAGGAAACUGAAAACAGAAAGAUAAGUGAGAUUUAUGAAGUAGACUGACAUCAGACUUGAGUUGACAAAAUUCCAAAGGAAUGUAGGAAUACAAGUCAAAUACAUAGACUUAGAAUUUCUAGCUGACUUAAUUCAUAUGUAUAUUUGCCAAACAUUUCUACUAAAACUAGUGAAGUCAACUCAUAUUUUUUAGUUUUCUUGAUCAGAAAUAAGCGACACCCAUAGAUUUGCAUGAAGUAAACUAACUAAAUUAGCCAUUCAAAGGAAUUUAGUCAAAUCCACUCCUCUUUUCUAGUUUACUUACAAACAUACACAUUUAGCUAAUUUCAGGUGAAGUGAACUGGAAAAGAUGGCUGGUUUACUGACCUUAGAAACAACUUAAUGAUAAUGAAAUGAGUUGAAUGAAUGAACAGCUCAGAGUUCAGUCAACUCAUUAAGUUAUUAAUUAUAUUUACAUUAAAUAAAAGAGAAAAGAUGAGUCAAUUUGACUGAAUUUAGUCCAAUCAACUAGUUCAGUUAAUGUACUUUAAUUUAUGACUUGUGCUGAUUUCUGGUUAACUGAACUUGAAAUGUCAUUUUUCUUUUAUUUUCAAACCAUUUUAGAACUUAACAUGAGUCCUUAGAAAACAAUGACAUGAAUAAAUAUGCUCAACUCUUAAAGUUAAAUUAAGUUUAUCAGAAACAAGACAGAAACAGUAAAAAAUCCUAAAGUUCUUUGUCGUUUGAAGAAACAGACACGGUAGAAACCUGAUGUGUGCCUUUACCACGUUUUAAGUUAAGUUCUGGACGUUUUUACUCAACAUGAUCCAAACAAGCCAAACAUGGACAAAAGUUUUAGUCUCUAAAAGUGUAGAUUUUUAAAUUGAUCUCACUUUAACCUGAAACAGACUGACUUUGUAGCAACUCUGGUCAAAAAUACCUUCAACAGCUGAGGCUUUAAGGUCCGUAAAAGGUUGAUUUUUAAGUAUUGUCUGUGUGUUUAGUUGGUUCAACUUAAUAUCUUAAAUUUCUUGAAGUUGUUUCCACAAGUUCAGUUAAUUUAAAUCGACCAGUUUUACACUUUCACAGCUCAUGGUGUGACUUAAGACUUAAGAUAUUUUUCAGUGUAGAGCAAACUAGGGUACGUUUCAUAAACUUUAAGGUUUUGAUGUUGCUUUAACUUUAUAUGCAACAUAUUGUUAUUAUUAUUAUUAUUAUUUAAAGAGUUUGAUUAAUGCCUGGUUUACCUGUCCAUUAAAAAAAUUACAUUUAAAAUCUUAUUUUUUUGGAGUGUGAAACAGAAUCAGGAGAGAAAAUUCACAUCAUAGACACAAAACCAGAACAUAUGAGUCAGAUCACCUUGUUUUUUUUUUUUUUGUUCUCUUGUUAGGUUUUUUUUGUAUUUAACAAACUAUUGAUUUGGGGUGAUUAACUUUUCCUCAGUUAUCAAGCCAAUUUUCAGAAGUUACAUCAACAUAAAUUUAGCUUUAAAUCAACUACUGCAGACAUUUGACUUUAAUUUACACACAAUAAUAAGUUAAUGCAGCUAUAUUAUGUCAACACAACCUAUCAAAAAUAAAGCAUUUAUGAUUAUAUAUUUAAUGAAAUGGAGGGAAGACGAGUGUUUGCAUGCAGACUGUUGAGGCUGUCCAGGUUUUAUUUUAUCUUCCAAGUAUUCAAAGCAGAUAUGAAAGAUUAAAGUUGCAUCUCUUCAAAGAGCAUUUUGAAAUCAAUCAACAAUUCAACUGUAUUCCACAUCAGAAAAACCUACAAUUACUGUGUUUUGGUCAUUUCCGAACUGUACAGAUAUGACAGAUGCUGCACCGAUACCUGAAGUCAGACUCUUUAUUUGUCUGUCAGGACAUCUUUUAAGACCUUAAUUAUUCCAGUUUGUGUUGGUUCAAAGUUUCAAAAUGAGGUCAGAUGUGCACAUAGUGAUCUAUUUCCAUCCACUGUGCAAUGUUGGCAGAAACUCUGAGAAAAACCUGGACAUUCAAAAACAGAACUAUCGCCAUUGAAAUGUGCUUUAAGUGGUAAAAUAUUUAGUUUUUAGCUUUAAAAAGAAGUAUAUUUUAUUGUUUUUGACUCCAUUCAUGUCAUUUUUAAUGAAAAAACACGAUGAGUCACAUUCUUGUUCACAAUAUUGAUGAAAAGCAGUCAAUUUACAAAUUUCUAUUCAAGUUUUUAUGUCUGAUUGAUCCAGCAAACUGAACACUAAACAGCUCAAUCUGCAAAUUGAUUCUCUAAAAUCAUCUAAAAGUUGCAGAACUAUCAUAAAAUGAAUCUGUUCCAUGAUUUCCAAUGUGUCCAGAACUGUAACAGACAUAAAGAUCCACCCAAAAUGUCUGCAUGUAUUUCAUACAACUGUGUCAUAUCAUCCACCCAAUAGUUAAGGAAUAAACACCACAAAAACACAUGUUUUAGUUCAGUUUCCCAAUCAAUAAUGUAUUUUCUUAGGGUUACUUAAAUAUUAUCCGCCAGCUAAUCGGUGCACCAAAAAUGCCUCUUUUUCUUCGUCGUGUUUGGUUACUGCAGCAGAUUUACCUGCAAAAUGUAAAACAACAGCUUUGAAUAUGAGUCAGGAGAUCAAAAUUGAGAAUCUACACCAAAGAUUCCAAAACAUCGGUAAAAGUGAGGGUUUUUAGGGAACUAUUUCAGCUCUCUGACAGAAAAAAAGUUCAAAAUACUCAUUAGACAGCUGAUAUCUUCACUGAAUUCUGCGUUUUUGGUUUGAUUUUGACACAAAAAUUAGAAUAAAUUACUUUUGAAAACUCUUAAAUCAGCAGUGAGGUCUUAGACCGAGUUGUGUAGUUUUUCUGAAAGCUCCAAAACUUUGACGGUUUGGAUACUGAAGAUUGUGUUUAAACAAUGCAAAACCUUAAACUGCGCCUUCGUUGCCCAGGUUCUAGCUAGACUCUAUCAAAGUGUACAGUCCAAGUGCCUAUAGUUUUAAUGGUUUCCUCUGUAAGUGUAUUCCAUCCAGAAGACAUCUCCUGUCCAAGUGCCGAUAGUAUUAAUGGUUUGUUCCAAUCCAAGUACUACUUCCUGUCCAAGUUUUUAGAGUUCUAAAGGUUUGUUCCACGCAAAAUACUCAUUUCUGUCCAAGUACUGAUCGUUUUAAUAGUGUGUUAAAAAUAAUAUAGCACUUCCUGUCCAAGUGCUUAUAGUUUUUAUAGUUUGUUUCAAUCAAAAUACCAAUUCCUGUCCAAGUGUGUACAGUAUUAAAGGUUUGCCCCACCAAAAGUACUACGUUUUGUUCAUGUGCUUAUAGUUUUGGUUUGAUUUUGACGAAAAUUAGAGUGAAUUACUUUUGAAAGCUCUUCGUUCAGCAGCGAAUCCUUUGACAAGGUUGUUGGGAUUAAUUUUUCCAAGGAUAUCAGUAAAUGUUUACAUAUGGACACGUAUCUGUUGUAUUUAUAUCCUAUUUUAUUUCAUAGGCUUUCACACUUUGCACAGUUCUUCACUGUCUGGGUGCUAAAGGUUGUGUUCAAAGCCUUAAACUGUGCCGUCGUUGCGCAGGUAGUAUGUAUACUCUAUCAAAGUGUACAGUCAGUAAAUACUGUGAGCGCUAAUAUCUUUAUUACUGAACACCUUAAUCUGUAUUCAAUGUUUAUAUAAAGUUUGGAAAUAUAUAUAUAUAUAUAUAUAUAUAUAUAUCUAUUUGUGUUUAUGUUUAAGACGUGGUGGGGUGUUUGAUAAGACUGCAGGCAGCACACGAGGACGAAUCUGUGUCGCUACAUGGGUUGAGUUGUGUCUUCUUGAAUAAAAGAAGUUGUUUGACGAAGA